AUGACCUUCUGGACGCACCUCAUUCGAUUUGUUGCGGUCGAAGACAACCAUGUCCAUCUUGGCCAGUUGGUCAACAGUGAACGGGAUGUGGGAAAAGACAGCGUCAACGGCAUUGAUAUUCCCGUCUACCUCAUUGAGGGCACAAUUUUUGAUGGCCGUGUUACGGAUCAGAUCAUGCAUGUGAAGCAGAUUCUCGCUCCCGUGAGCACAGAACAAUGCAACUACAUCCGUUGCUUAGGAUUGAACUACAUCGAUCACGCCAAGGAAGCUAACCUCGCCCUUCCGGAGGUUCCUAUUCUCUUUACCAAGCCGCGCUCGGCGCUCAUAGGACCAUAUCCUGCCUCCAUCAGUGUUCCCAAAUGUGCACAGGAUGGCACCAGUGACUAUGAAUCCGAGUUGUGCGUUGUGAUCGGUCGGACUGGACGGGACAUCCCGGAGGAGAACGCGUUGGAUUAUGUUCUUGGCUACACUGCUUCAAAUGACGUAUCCGCCCGUACCUUGCAGAUGGCAACCGCACAAUGGUCCUUUUCCAAAGGCCUGGAUGAAAGCUGCCCGAUAGGCAUAGACCGUACAGGCCCCGUCCUUGUUUCGCCAUCUGUGAUUAAGGAUCCCCAGACGCUUCGCAUUCAAGGCAUACAUAAUGGAGUCGUUGUCCAAGAUGGACACACAAAAGACAUGAUCUUCUCCAUCAAGAGACAGAUCUCUUACCUCUCACAAGGGACAACUUUGGAAGCUGGUACAAUUUUUCUAACUGGGACACCGGCGGGCAUUGGGUACUUCAAAAGUCCAAGAGAUGUUUUGAAAGAUGGCGAUGAAUUUUCCGUGUAUAUCGACAAGAUUGGUACUUUGACCAAUAAAGUACGAUAUGAAUAG